AUGAAGAAGGUGCUGGUCGUCGUUUCGGGACUGGUGAUAGCGAUCGGAGUGUGGGUGGGCAUGAAGCCAGUACGGGCCCAUCUAGACACGGCCAAGUUUAUGUUCUUCUAUGGACCAAAGUUCGAGGACCAUGAGACGUACAGUUUGGAGAAAGCCGAUGACGUCCUGCAGCACAGUCGGUUCGAUAAGAACAAAAAGACGGUCAUGUACUUCCACGGCUACAUUGAAUCGCCCGAGGUAGAGAGCGUACACGUUAUUGCCGACGCGUACUUGAAGCGUGGCGAUCACAACAUUCUCAUCCUCGACUGGGCACUGCUGGCGGACGGGAACUAUCUGCUCGAAGCCGUCCCCAACUGCAAGAAGCUUGGCAGUUAUCUCGGUGCGGUUGUGCUGCGAAUGAUCAAUGCCGGCUUGAAUGUGGACAAGCUGCAUCUGGUGGGCCAUUCGCUCGGUGGUCAGCUGGCGGGAUAUAUUGGACGCACCGUGAUAUCACAGUCGGACAAGCGCAUCAAGCUUAACAGAAUUUCGGCUCUCGAUCCUGCCUUCCCACCGUUCUAUCCGGGCAUCUUCGCGACUGCUCUAAGCUCCAAGGAUGCGGACUUUGUCGAUGUCAUUCAUACCGAUGCGUGGCUGUACGGUGCACCGGUUAGCACGGGUACAGCCGACUUCUGGCCCAACAAUGGCAAAACACUCCAGCCCGGUUGUCCGAAACGAAACUACAAACUACUCACCGACAAUGACUUGUGCAGUCACCGGCGGUCUUGGUGGUUCUGGGCAGAAAGUGUAGCGGAAAGCAAUGUACAAUCAUUCCAUUCGGUUAAAUGUAAAUCAUGGGACGAUUUCAAGGACGGAAAGGUUGACCGAUCGGCUUCGAUCGUCUACAUGGGAAUCGAUUGCAGUUCCGAUGCCAAAGGUGAUUAUUACCUGCAGACCAACGGUGCCCCACCAUAUUCCAAAGGCGUUUCCGGCUCGAAGUUUGAAUAA